AUGCAAUCAACCAACACUUCAAGUCCCUUGAAACCAUCAACUGCUUCUGCAAGUAGACCUAUUGGACCAUAUCGUACUAUUAUUACUAAUUAUGCUCCAUUUGCUACUACUAAUCAACGGAAUUCCUAGGUAGAAGAUUCUCCAAUUAAAAAAGUUUAAAAGAUUGACAAUGACACACUGAUUAAAUUGAUGAAAUCCAAUCGAGAGGUCCCUAAAAAGUACUCCAAAAGUUCAGAUAAAAUUAUUAUUAAGGAUAUCAAACAAGAAUAAUAAGAAGAUAUAGGUUCUGGACUAUUUAGAACAGGCUUUGGUAAAUUGUAUAAUGCUUAAGGCAUUUUGUGGUAUGAAGGAUAAUUGUUUAAUGAUCAAAUGCAUGGUAAUGGUAUGAUGUUUAAUCAUGAUGUAAAUUCCUAUUUCACCAAAUAUAUUGGGGAAUUUCAGUUUGGAUAAAGAUGUGGAGCUGGAAUUGAGUAUUACAAAGAUGGUUCUAUGUAUGUUGGCAACUUUGAAAGUGAUUGUCGAAAUGGAAUGGGAUAACUAACAAAAAAGAAUGGGGAAAAACAUAAUGGAAUCUGGUUAAAAGGUAAAUUGAUUUCUAAAAUAUGA